UGUUGGGUGAAACCGCAUUGUCAAAUAACCCCUGCACUCCCAUGUUCUUUAUUUGCAAACAAUAUGUGCCCGCGAGUUGGCUACAGCUUCCGCGCUACCCACUAAUUACAGCGACACACACUCCCUCCCUCAAUAUCUCACUUCCCCCUGCUCAUGAAAACUUCUUGCAAUUCUGAAUGUACUUGUUCUCACUGACACCAGGGCAUAUUUUGGCAUAGGAUUUAGGAGAGUUCUCAUUUGUCAUAAAAAGGAUUAUCAAACAAGUCUUCGAAUUGGAUUCUUGGGAGUGUUUCACAAUGGGUCGCAGUGGAGUUCUCGGAGCUAAACUUCACGGGACAGUUUGUUUUACUUCGUGAGACGCCAGCGAUGGAGCGAGGACAGCGGCGAGGCGCCGGGACACUCUACGCACCAUACUGACAUUAUUACCGGGAAGUUAGCUACUCCGCCAGGAUGUGUGUGUGAGGGCUGACAGACUGGGUCCAGCCAUGGAAUCAGAGAGGAACUGCAGCUCUUUCUGUGACUCCAGACUCUGCCUCAUCCACCCUGGAGUCAAUACACAGAAGGGCCUGGAGAUACUGCAGAGACUAUGUACCCUCAGCACGAUGGGAAGGGAGCUGCAGAGGCGGUCUCUCUCGCCAGUGCUCUGUGCAGUUGUCUGGACCAUGCUCUCCUGUGGCAUCUUGCUGGCUUUCUGCUUCCUGCUCUUCACCCUGCGCUUCAAGAACAACAGGAUAGUGAAGAUGUCCAGUCCUAACCUUAAUGUACUGACUCUGUGUGGAAGUAUCCUCACCUACAGCAGUGGCUUCCUAUUUGCUUUUGAGGAACGCAUCCACCUACAAGGGGCAGGAGCGAGAGCAAUACUCCAGGCCCGGAUCUGGACGUUGUGUCUUGGCAGCACUCUGGUAUUUGUGCCCAUCCUGGGGAAAACAUGGCGGCUCUACAGAGUAUUCACCCAACGUGUUCCUGACAAGAGAGUGAUCAUCAGAGACAUCCAGUUGAUGGGCUUGGUAUCUCUGUUGAUUCUGGUGGACCUGCUGGUUCUCACCGCCUGGAGUCUAACCGACCCGGUCAAAUGUGCACGGUCCAUUGGGGCUGUGGUCAAGGUGGUGGAGAGGGACAUGUCCUACUCUCUGUCUCAGCUGGACUCUUGUUCCUCUCUCUACUCAGACCUGUGGCAUAUCCUCCUCGUCGUGAUGAAGGGUGGCCUGCUCCUGUAUGGGACCUACCUGGCUGGUCUCACCAGCAACGUCAGCCUCCCUCCGGUCAACCAGUCCCCCACCAUCAUGACCGCGGUCAGCCUGGUCACCCUGUCCACGGCGGUGGCGGUCCCGGUGUCGCGGUUCCUGCAGGCAUGGCCCAACGUGGUCUAUAGUAUGGUGGCUGGAGCCAUCUUCAUCUGUACCCUCGCCACCAACUGUAUGCUUUUUGUACCUCAGUUGACCCAGUGGCGUCGGUUUGAGGAGGAGCACAACAACCCUAGUCAAAUGGCGAAGUACUUCAGCAGCCCCAGUAAGAGUGUCCAGUCUGUCUACAGCCAGGAUGAGAUCUACUAUCUCCUGGGAGAGAACAACUCCAUGAAGAUGCUCCUCAAUGAGAAGAAUGCUGUGAUUGACAGUCUGCAGGAGCAGGUGAACAACGCCAAAGACAAGCUACUGCGCCUCAUGUCCAGUAGCCACCCCCACGAGGACCAGGAAAUUGACUCUUCCACCACCAACCUCCACUCCUCAUCCACCCAGACCAUAGUUGUGCAGUCCGACUGCUCUCCAACUCCCCUGCCACACAGGGACAUAGCAGAACCUCCCCUCUCUUCUCCUCCCUUUUCUUCACCUCCUCUGUCUGCUCCUCCCACUACUUCUGCUGUCUAUACACCUCCUUCUGAUUCUCCCUCUGCUCCUCUCUCUACUCCUCCUCCACCUGCCCUCUCUCCUCCCCCAGGGGAUGGUGUGAGUGUGAAACAGUGGAGUGUAGAAUUUGGUCAAGACAUCCAGGGUGCAGGGAUGGAGACUGAGACAAGGUGGUGUAAGGUUGAGGGGACUGGGUCCCAGCAGCAGUGUGGAGGGGUGAGGUCUAACCUCCUAGUCACCCCUAAGCCCUCUGUCUUCUCCAGGACAGGAGUCAGGACACCAGGGAAGAGGGCAGGGACAAAAACCACACCCUCCUGUCAGUCAACCUAUGUCACUUCCUCUUCCUAUCUAUUUCCUGUGGGAAAGUCGGAACCCUCGCGUUGCCAUGGCCAUCCCGUGUUGCCGUGGGUGACAAGCGUCAGGCCGGCAGGGUUUGUGAGCAGUGAGCAUCUCCAGGAAAUCCUCCGGGAACUGAGUGUGGUCCCUGUCAUGGAAACGGCCCUCAGCUCACCCAAUCACAGCAGGGGGAUCAGGAGACCCACUCUGCCCUCCUCGACCGACCCCUCGGUCCGCUCUCCUCUCUCCCUCCAUGCCCCUCGCACCCAUCAUCCCCCUCUCCUCUUCCGCUACCCCAGUAUCUCCCCCUACGUGAUGAGGAAACGCAGACCUCCAUUCCAUCAACCCAGAGGGGGGCCUCCACCCUGUUACUACCCAGGGUCAGAGACUCCUCGCUGGGGAAGGAGGGAUGCUGGAUCCUUACAACUAGAUAAGCACCCCUCAAAAACACAACCCCAGCUCGAGGCUGUUGGCACAGAGACCAGUCCCCUCCGCCCUGAAGACAGUGAUUCAGAAGAAUGGGAAGAGGCAGGGCAUAGAGUAACAAAUAGGUGUGGGAGGCGCGGCUCGAGGUGGGAGCACCGGCUACCACCCCCUCGAAAAUGCUCCAUCACCCCCUUCUCAGGACAUACCCACCCAAGCCCUUCAAACGGGGAUGGGGGCGGUGAGGGAGGGCUAGACCGAGACCGUGGCAGGGACUUGUAUGGUUACUGGGACUCAGACUCCAGCAGCUCGGCUGACUACUGCUACUACCACCGACCCUACUGCGAUGCCUGCCUGCCACACGGCUCCUACCCCUCCAGCGACAGCUCCUCCUCAUACUCCUCGGACAGUGAGUACGGCGGCUUCGCCAGCCUCUGCCGCUCCACACACCCUGUGGUCAACUUCAAGGAAGACCUCAAUCCCACCUUCGUAUGAGCCUGUCUGGAGCCUCAUUUGAAUGGGUGCUGCGGAAGAAUCAUUCAAGUGGGAUGAUGUAUGUUGUAAUUUACUUUCAGUGGCCAGUUCACGGCAGAACAAUUGAGUUUACACACUGUUGUAACGCUAUUGAGAAGUAGUAAAUUGAGCAAAUUGUAAAUUGAGUAAAUUGAUAGUAUUUACAGUAGAUCAUAUAGAUUGUUACAUGUUACAAAAAAGGACUUGAUUUUAUUUAUCUGUUACCACAUACAGUGAACUCCAAAAGUUUUGGGACAGAGACACAUGUUUAGUUCUUUUGGCUCUGUACUCCAGCACUUUUAAUUUGAAAUUAUAUAAUGACUAGGAUGUUAAAGUGCCAAAUGUCAGCUUUAAUUUCAGGGGAUUUUCAUCCAUAUCGAGUAAACCGUUUAGAAAUUACAGCACUUUUUGUACAUAGUCCCCAUAUUUUAGGGGACCAAAGGUAUAGAGACAUUCCAGGUGAAGCUGGUUGAGAGAAUGCCGAGAGUUUGCAAAGCUGUCAUCAAGGCAAAUGGUGGCUACUUUGAAGAAUCUCAAAUAUAACAUAUAUUUUGAUUUGUUAAACACUCUUUUUGGUUACUACAUGAUUACAUAUGUGUUAUGUCAUAGAUUUGAUGUCUUCACUAUUAUUCUACAAUGUAGAAAAUAGUAAAAAUAAAGAAAUACCCUUGAAUGAGUAGGUGUGCCCAAACUUUUGACUGGUACUGUAUGCAUUAAAGUAGUCCAAUGAUUACAGCAAGCUUGUGACUCUACAGACUUUUGCUUUUUGUUUUUCUUGUGUUUCAGAUUAUUUUGUGCCCAAUAGAAAUGCAUGGUAAA